CCAGCUCCGCCAUUGUCAUGGGCGUCCUGCACCUUCCUUCGCCCUCGACCGUCGCCGUCGGCGCCGGCGUGUGGGCCCUGCUCAGCUCGACCGGCCUGACCCCGUCGCUCCUCAAGAAGUUCAUCGCCGUCCUCCUCGUCCUCAACUGGAAGAACGCGCCGUUCGCGUGGCACCUGCAGGUGUGGAAGACGGUGCCCGAGUGGCACUGGCGGUCGUGGACCCGUGGGGGCGAGGAGAAGGCGCUCGCCGUCGCUCGGGACCCGUUCGCCGUCAAGAGCAUCACCAAGGGCCGGGUCACGCUCGGCGACGCCGACUACAACAUGCACAUGUCCAACUCGACCUACGCCCACGUGUCCGACGCGGCUCGGUUUCGCAUGUGCCUCGAACUUAUCGGCCCAGCGUUCGCGUCGGGCGUGUGGUCGCCUCUCGGCGGCACGUCGUUCUCGUUCUUCAAGGAGGUGCCGCUUGGUGCGGCGUACGAGAUCGAGUCGAGCAUCCUCUCGUGGGACGACAAGUGGAUGUACUGCACGUCGCGGUUCACGAUGGCACCCAAGCGCGGCGAGAAGGAGCGCCAGCUGUGCUGCGUCGCCCUGUUCCGCCUGUGCUUCAAGCUGCGCGGCUCGCGCCUGACGAUCCCGCCGGCGCGCGUGCUGUCGUUCAGCGGCCUCGGGUCGCACGAGGGCGACCGCGCCAACUGGGAGCGCACGCUCAAGCUGCGCGCGGCGGGCCCCAAGGUGGUGCGCACGUGGCUCGAGUACGGCGGCGCGGUCGCGGCCCGGCGCCAGGGCAAGUGGCCAGCCGACAAGGAGCUGCCGACCAUCCCCGAGGGGUGGACGCACGACGAGUGGGAGCGCGACGGGCUCGACGGCGUCGAGGCGCGCAGGGUCGACAAGCUCGUCGUCGCCAAGCGGUUCGGCGACACCGAGUCGUGGAGGGACCUAUAGAGACUCGAGACUCGACGAUGCACAUAGACUAGAGCUGUAGCCGCACGAGCGAGCUGCCAUAUCACGCCGUUGCCUCGAC